AUGCAAUUCCUGAAACUUCCUCGCCUUCUUAUGCCACAUAUGAGGAGGAUACAUCUACAUUCGCAGCCAUUGCCAUCGGAAAGCACUUACAGAUUUUGUGGCAUUGAUGAUGCUGUGGCUUUGUUUCAUCGCAUGGUUGAUAUGCAUCCCCUGCCAUCGAUUGUGGAAUUCACCAAAAUCUUAGGAAUGAUUGUGAAGAUGAAAUACUAUGCGACAGCUAUCAAUCUAUAUAACCUAAUGGAAUAUAAGGGUGUUGUGCCGUUUACUGUCACUUUUAACAUUUUGAUCAACUCUUUCUGCCACAUGGGUCGGAUGAAUUUUGCAUUCUCUGUAAUGGGUAAGAUUCUUAAGUGGGGUUGUCAACCAAAUGUUGUGACUUUUACUACGCUGAUGAAGGGGUUUUGUAUUAAUGAUAAGAUGCUGGAUGCACUACACAUUUACAAUGAAAUGGUUGCUCGAAGGAUUUCGCUUGAUGAUGUUCUCUAUGGAACCUUAAUCAAUGGGCUGUGUAAGAGUAAGAUGGGAAACACAAGAGCUGCCAUUCAACUGCUUCAGAAGAUGGGGAGAGAGGAGGUUAAGCCCAAUAUUGUAAUAUACAAUACAGUUAUCCAUGGUUUGUGCAAAGAUGGACAUAUAAAUGAGGCACGUGUUUUGUGUUCCAAAAUGAUUGUUCAGGGAAUUUUCCCAGAUAUUUUCACUUUUAGUUCAUUAAUUUAUGGUUUGUGUCGUGCGGGCCAACGGAAAGAAGUUAGAUCUUUGCUGAAUGGGAAUUGUUUAAACAAAAAAGUGGAUGAG